ACGUAGUGUCGUCGUGUAAACAAGGCUAGGCUUAACCCACGGCCUGCAAUCCCAGGAAAUCACGCAUGCACAAACACGCAUGCGUUCUUGCCCUGUUGGAAAUUUAUACGCAUGCGCAAAGUUGAACAGAAAGAAAGGCAUCGUGUGGACUUACGUGCCUUGCAUUUCUAUUUUUGUGUUCUGUAGUGUGAUGGCAGAUUGCGGAUUGGUGUUGACGUUCGAGGGUAGUGGAAUAAGAUGAUGAAGAAAUUAAAGGGUUUAGGUCUCAUUCAUGAGAGGAAACCCAGUAAAAUCAUCUGAUUUUGUGUUUUACUCGAGUUAAGUCCUGAAUGAAGAGUUUUAUGUGUUAAGAAAAACGGACUUUUUAAAGUGGGCGUAUUGUGUUUCACAGAAUGGUUGUAAUAUGAUGAACGUCAAUUAAAUUGUGCGAUACAUUUUAAACUUGGAAAGCAGGCAAUCGUGUAUUACAGACAUGGACGUUGAACAGUUAAAAGCGGAAGCAAGAGCCACAGCAGCAAAACAUGUAAUUAACAUGUUACAACGACCUGACCAGUUGGAAAAGGUUGAACAGUAUAAGAGACGGGUAAGCAGAAAGAAAGCAUCUGUUGAAGCUAUGUUGAAGACGGCCAUGCAGAGCCAGCUUGAUGGCGUGAAAGUUGGGCUAAACCAGUUGCAAACAGCUCUCAAUGAUAUUCAAACAAUAAAGGAAAACUUAAAAUGGAUCGAAGAUUCAUUUGUAGCAGUUCCUGAACUACACUCACAAUUACAAGUUGUCUGUGAUGAGAAUAUGAGACAUUCUCAAUAUGUGACAGCCAUGGAGAAUCUUAAGCAUAUUUUUACAGUGCGUGAAAGUGUUGAGAGAACGAAACAGUGGAUGAUAAAUGAAGGAAAACUUUUAUACACACAUCAGAGUUUGAGUGAUCUAGAAAAUUCUAGAGAUGAUCUUCUCUAUGAACUACAUAAGUUGCCUAAUCAGGCCCCUGCAGAUAAAAGCAUGUUAGAAGCUUAUUUCCAGGAUGUGGAAGAGCUGUCCAAUCUUUUGGAGAAGCAGAUACGCCUUAUCUUGAGCCGCACACUUAAUACAGUGAGGAAAGAGCCCACAGUUAUUGUAACUGCUCUUCGCAUUAUCGAGAGGGAAGAGAAAGCGGAUAGUUUUGCUCUUCAGCGUCAAAAACAGAGUGGGUUUUUACCGCCAGGUAGACCAAAGAAAUGGCGCGAGAAAGCUUUGGAUGUGCUUGAAAAAUCUGUAGCUCAACGAAUUGAAGGUACACAAGUUGAUGAGAGAGAAGACAAUAAAAUGUGGCUAGUGAGAUACUUAGAGCUCACAAGACAGCUUAUCCUGGAAGACCUGAGAGUUGUAAAGACAUUGUGUGUGCCUUGCUUUCCACCACAGUGGGAUAUUUUGAAUACAUAUGUUCACAUGUAUCACAAAUGUCUGUCUAGACAUCUGCAGGAGCUGAUCAGCAAUGGUCUGGAAGGCAAUGAGUAUGUUUCCAUACUUUCAUGGAUAAUGAAUACGUAUGUUGGUCCAGAACUAAUGCAGCACCCAGAACUAAAUAUUCAGUCUGUUGGACCACUCUUAAACAAUGCAAUUGUAGAAGAUCUACAACAGAAAUAUUUAAGUAAUAUGCAAAAGAACUAUAUUGAGUGGAUGCAAAAAACGUUGGAAACAGAAAAAACAGACUGGAACAGUGGGGCUUUACCAGAAGUUGGUGAUCAAGAAGGUUAUUAUCACACUGCUGCUCCAGUCAUUGUGUUUCAAAUGAUAGAUCAGAAUCUUCAGGUAACAAGAACUAUCAGCCAGGACCUCACAUUUAGAGCACUGAUUCUCAGCAUGGAACAAGUAACACAAUAUGGAAAGAUGUAUGGUGAAGCAAUAGUGGAAUUCAAAAAGAAGCAUUUUGAAGAUAGGAGUCAGAUGCCGUACUUCACACAGUACAUGAUAACCAUUGUUAACAAUUGUCUACACUUUGUCGAAUUGGCUCAGCAGAUGAAGCAGCAUUAUUGGCUUCCAGGUGUACGGGACAAUGAGGGAGGCAUGAAAUUUGAGGCUUUGUUAAAUACAUUCCAACAACUGAGGGACGAUGCUGCACAGUAUCUUCUUGAUGAAGCCUUUUUGGACUUGGACAGCCAUUUUCAGAGUCUGAUAACACCUAGAUGGGUUGGGAAAAGUGAAGCUGUUGAUACAAUAUGUGUAACCUUAGAUGAUUAUUUUGUUGACUACAGUCAUUUAAGACCACGGAAUUUUGAUUACGUUCUAUCAGAGGCGCAAAAUUUAGUUGCAAAGCGGUAUAUUUCUGCCAUGCUUCACAAGAAACUUUCAUUUAAGUCUUAUGAAGAACGGAGAGAAUGUGCUAUCAAGAUCAUGAAAGAAGCUAAUCAGUUGAAAGACUUCUUUGUUCGUAUUGCUCCAAAGCUGUCAAAAUUUGAUUCGCCAUUUGACAUAAUUGCCAAUUUGGCUGAGCUUCUAAAGAUUCAGGAUCCAGAGAUACUGUCACUUGAUCUUCAUGGUCUUGUAGAUAAGUAUCCAGAUGUCACAAAAGAUCAGCUGGUACAAUUUUUAAGUUUAAGAGGAGACAUUUCCCGCUCAGAAUGUGUUGAAAAAGUAAGCUAUAUUUUCCAAACAAAUAGUAGUAGACAAAGAGCUUCUGUUCCAAAAACUAUUUUUUCUCAGUUGAAUUAAUAGUUGAAUUCCUCUUUCAAUGAAGUGCUCGUUAGUAAUUAUUGCGGGACACAAAUUGCUGAAAUGUAUGUUAGUAAUUGUUGUUAAUAUAUUCAGUUAGUAAUUGUUGUUAAUAUAUUCAGUGUUUGUGAAUACCAUUGUACUAUCGUGAAAAAGUACAUUUGUUACAAUUUUGUGUGUGUGUUUAAAAGCUUGCUCUUGUAUGGAGAAUAGUGCGCUAGCUGUUGGCUUCAAAAUGUGCAAUAAUAUGUAAAUACUGAAAUAAAUUGUAGAUAACCAAGUUUAUAUCAACAUUAGUAAUAGCAGACAUAAAGAGUAAUGGGAGAGAAAUGAUAUAUGGUUCAGAAUCAUGUACAUUAACUUUGAUGUGGAAAGAAUGGUAUAAGGUACAGAGUCAUGUAAAUUAUGUAUAAUGGUAGAUAGGUGGUGUGUGUGUGUGUGUGUGUGUGUGUGUGUGUGUGUGUGUGUGUGUGUGUGUGUCAGGUUUGUUAAUUAAAUUAGUAAUGAUUGGAAGAAGAGAUGUGGUGUAAGACCUCCUGUAAAUUACUGUUUUUUUAAAGCUGUGGUAUAAGUACAGAAUCAUGUAAAUAAAGUUAAUUGUAAUGUAAGCAUUAUUGAAACUGGAAUCAAGUGUAUGAAAACCGUUUGAUAAAAAGACUAAUGUGCAAGAAAAUAUAAAUAUUUUCAAUCA